UCGAGCUGCGGUGCCCAUUACAAUCACAACCAAUAGGAGAACGUCAUAUACGCCGGGGGGCGUGAGUAAGGCUGACGAUGGCUGUGCUGUGCGUAUAUGGAAUUCCCAUGUAUAGAACUCUCACUUGGCACCCAUUAGUACGCAAGAGAUGAAUUGGGCUGAAGAACGGUAUUUGGAAUACGUGCUGGCUGUUGAGUUCUGUGAUGAUGGACCAACACAGAAAGAUCCAUAUAUCGAUCGAUAUAUAAGGCCCCAGCUGCCCUCCGCUCUUGAUCGUUCAGUACACAAACACAUCAGUUGAGCAACACUUUCAGUAUAUCCUACUACGUCCAAAGCACGCCAAAUCUUCCUAUUCGACUCCAACAGUCAUCAUGCUUGCUACGUCCGCUCUGCGCUCCGUUGUCGCGGUGAUGCUCGCCCUUGCCCUUCCGGCGAGCGCAGCACCUCAUCCUAUCAGCAAGCGCUCAACGUCUGAACUCAGCUUGACCGCUCAAUUGCGACUUGCUGACACUGCCAUUGAACGUUACCAGCUCCUCCCAAAAGAUGAAGACUUUGUUUUCAAUUUCACGGCCAGUGAGGUCCCGGUUGCCACUAGCCAGAAUUUUCCUGCCCUUGUUGGCACUGGUGCCGCCUUUAGUAUCGGGGAAUUGCCAGCAUGCAGCAUGAGCUUCCUCCACCUCCACCCUCGUGCCACCGAGCUCUUUGCCCUUACGUCAGGGCAUGUGCUGUCCGAAAUGGUACCAGAGGCGGGUGUCCUGGACUCUGAGGGCAAGCAACGAGUCAUCCGCGUGGAACUCGGCCCUGGCAUGGUGACCAUCUAUCCGGCCGGUUCGUUUCACACGCAGGUGAACCCGGACUGUGAGCCUGCUAAUUUUGCGGCAACAUUCACGUCCGAUGAGUUUGCUGUGGGCCUGGUCGCCGCAGAGACGUUUUCACUAAGCGAUGAUGUGAUUGCUGCCACUUUUGGACAGAGCAUUGCCGGUGAAGAUAUCGAGACCGUGAGGAAUGCGAUUCCGACGACCAUGGCCAUCAAGGUGGAGGAGUGUUUGAAAAAGUGUGGUAAGCAGAAGCGUCAAGCUUGAUCAGCUCAGCCUGGUACCUCGCGAGAGGCAAUUGGGGCGCGCGAAACUCCAGAUGCGAGCUUCAAGGCGGAUAGAUGGUCAGGCUUUUCAGUUCAAAUCGUGACAAGGGGCUGUCUCAUUGCAUAGAAUAGUAUUUGAUGUUCAUAGAACUGCAUCUACAGGUUAGCAACAAUAGAUGGUGCAGGUUGGUAUCGAGGGCCAUUCAUAUAUGAUACAGGAGGAGCGAUCUUGUUUCUUUCUCACAAGCC